AUGUCAAAUGCUUCUAGAAAGAAACUUUUAUUGAUGGGCCAUUCGGGUUCUGGAAAGUCUUCAAUGAGAUCUAUAAUCUUUUCCAAUUAUUCUGCAUUUGAUACUAGACGAUUGGGAGCUACAAUGGAUGUUGAACUUUCACAUUUGCGAUUUUUGGGAAAUUUGUCGCUCACAUUGUGGGAUUGUGGAGGCCAGGAUGUAUUUAUGGAGAACUAUUUCUCUAGCCAGAAAGACCAUAUUUUCAAGAUGGUGCAAGUUUUGAUCCAUGUUUUUGACGUUGAAAGUAAGCUGAUCAAUAAGGAUAUUGAGAUUUUUGUCAAGAGUCUAACAAACCUACAAAAAUACAGUCCUGACGCCAAGGUAUUUGUUCUUUUGCACAAGAUGGAUCUUGUACAGAUAGACAAGAGGCAGGAAUUGUUUGCAAUCAUGAUGGAUAAAUUGCAAAAGAUUAGUAAUCCGUACCAGUUCAAAUUGACUGGGUUUCCCACAUCAAUUUGGGACGAGAGUUUAUACAAAGCUUGGUCUCAAAUUGUGUGUUCACUCAUACCUAAUAUCAAUUUGUUCAACAGUAAUUUGAUUAAAUUUAACGAGAUUUUGGAUGCGGAGGAGAUUAUCCUUUUUGAAAAGACAACUUUUUUGGUGAUUUCAUCAACGGCAUCGAUAAAGCAACAGGAGCAACUACAACUACAACUGAACCAGCAGCAACUGAACCAAGGGGACCGCAAGACAGUCGGAGAUUCUAGUAGGCAGAGUCUACUCCGAGAGACAUCCACACAGAAUGACGUAGCAAAUGAAGAGUUGGACCCAAAACGAUUUGAAAAGAUUUCAAACAUUAUCAAGACCUAUAAGCAGUCGAUAUCGAAAUUGCGAACCAAUUUCACCAACCUAAUAAUCAGAGGAAGUAACGGCACAACUUUCUAUCUCGAUAUAUUGACGGAAAACAUGUUUAUAAUGAUUGUAUUGAAAAACCAGAAUGAAGUCUCUGCAAACGGAAUCAAAACAAACCAAAAUGAAGAGUUAUUGGUGCUUGAUAACAUAAAGGCUGCACGAAAGUGGUUUGAAAAGAUUGAAAACUCAAAGUAA